AUGAUAGCUCAGGCCCUCCACGUGGCCCUGGUUGAUGCGAUGAAGACGAGCCCUGCUGCUGCUACUGCUAAUGCCCCCGAGGGUGGGAAGAAGUGUGAAGGGAUACCGUUACGGGCAGUGGAGGAGACCUUCUAUAGUCGUUGGAACAUCCCUCUGAGUCUUAACAUGUUGGGCUUCGACAGUGUCCUCAGUUUCAUAAACGCUUUCGAUCAGGCGUUCGAAGUUGUGGAAGUCGUCGCAUACAGUGGAGUGAAAUUCGUGAAGCCUUUGGACGAGCCCGAGUUCUCAUACAGUAAGAAAUGA